CUCUAAGACUCCUACUGCAGCGAAGAAAUACUAUGUCACGUAUACUCGUUACUGGAGCGUCAGGGUUUCUCGGAUCUGUCGUCGUAGAUCAACUGCUUGCGGCUGACUAUAAAGUUCGAGGAACUGUUCGAUCUUCCAAAGCUGACCGCGUCAAGAAAGCAUACGCCUCUUUCGGAGACAAAUUUGAGAUCACGGUUGUUGACGAUCUAGCCACUUCUGAUCUCACUGCGGCUUUCCAAGGCGUGACUGCCUUGAUUCAUGUUGGCUCGCCGCUGGCAGGUUCUGCUGUCGCAGAAGAGGUCUUGAAGAGCGCUAUCUCUGGAACCGAGCGCGUUCUCGAUUUCGCCGUCAAAGCUGGUGUCAAGAAGGUUGUCGUCACUAGCAGUGUAGCGGCCAUGACUCAGCCCAGCGACAUGUUUGUUGAUCGCACCUUCGACGAAACUGAAUGGAACCCUAUGACAUAUGAAGAGGCCUCAAAGCCAGAGGCUAGCGGUUUCGAAGUCUAUUGUGCAUCCAAAAAACUGGCUGAAGAAGUUGUGUGGAAAUUCGCUAAGGAGCACCCGAACAUCGACUUCGCCACUGUCAACCCCUCAUUCUUGUAUGGACCCUCAGGGCGAGGACAAGUCCUCGAUUCCCCUGCCAAUGGCACCAACGCUAUGGUGUACGCGCUCAUCAAAGGGCCCAAGGGACGGCCGAUUCCCAAUCAAGUCCUUUUCCCAAAUUUCAUCCACGUCGCCGAUGCGGCAAAGGCCCACGUUCUGGCCCUCGCAGCCCCUCCGUCUAAGACGCCCAAAAGACUGAUCGUAAAUGGAGGAAGUGUCACUUGGAAGCAGGCGGCUCAGUAUCUUGCUGAAUCACGUCCUGACCUCAAGGACAGACUGCCUGUGAUUACAGGUGAUGAAAAGGUUCCGGAGGUGUGGGCAAAGUUUGAUACUAGCAGCGCUGAGCGCCUCAUAGGGCUAAAGGACUACAUAAACUGGAAGGAAACCAUCAGCUCCACUAUAGAUGACAUUCUGGAGCGAGAGAAGGCGUUUGGGGUUGCAGUGCUUUAAUAGACACUUUCAUGCUUGUGUAG